CAGUCUGAGGGUGCAGAGGAUCCAAACACUGUCUUCCCAAGUUCAGUAAGAGACAACAUGUAAAAGAGUCUUGUCCAUCACACUCAAGAGAAAUAAAAGAACAGAGAAACGAUGGAAGCAACCCGAGAAUCACCUUCUAUAUGAAAAUAUACCAGUGGGUGCACCUGCAGGUUGCUAAACCAGCUGUCAAUCACGCAAUGCCUGAGCAGAGGCACGCAUGUCCAAAAGAUCCCCCAUCGUCCAAUACAGCUAAAAAUGUUGCAGAAAAAAAGAUUGAAAGAGAAACACAACUUGUUUCUGAAACAGAUACUUAAUUCCAGCCAUCUUCCCCGCUCCUCGAUCCAGGGUGCGGUAGAGGCCGCCAUCGCAGCUGGCUACCGCCACAUUGACACCGCCUACAGCUACAGCAAUGAGGCCGAUAUCGGUAAAGCUCUGCGCGCCAAGAUGCAGCAGGGCAUCAUCCGGCGCGAGGACAUGUUCAUUGUCAGUAAGCUGUGGUGUACCCAUCAUGCCCCAGAGGACAUCCCCGUGUGCCUGAAUAAAUCCCUGAGAGAUCUCCAGCUGGACUACCUGGAUCUUUACCUCGUGCAUUUCCCUGUUGGCCUCAAGAAAAUGGGUGAUGAGCUUUUUCCUAAGAAGGAUGGAAAGAUCCAGACCUCUGACAUAGACUAUAUCGACGUUUGGAGGGGGAUGGAAGCCCUGCAAGCCUCAGGGAAGGUGAAGAGCAUCGGCGUGUCCAACUUCAAUAUCCUGCAACUGGAGAGACUCCUUGCUCUGUGCAGGGUUCCUCCUGCUGUCAAUCAGGUGGAGCUACAUCCCUACCUGGUGCAAACAGACAUGAUAGAGUACUGUAAAUCCAAGAACAUCGUCCUGACUGCCUACAGCCCGUUUGGCUCACCUGCGAGACCACCGGAGAUGUUCAAAGGAGACACUGAUCCAUGCAAGCUCCUGGAGGAUCCGGUUGUAGCAGAUAUAGCCAAGAAGCACAGACACAGCCCUGCACAGGUACUGCUCAGGUACCAUGUGCAGCAGGGUAUUGUAGUCAUCCCUAAGAGUGACAAGCCUCAUCACAUCCUUGAAAACACAAAGAUCUUUGACUUCAGUCUGACUGAAGAAGACAUGAGAGCACUGAGAGGACUGGACCGAGGGUGGAAGGCCUGCACGCUUGACGAAAUCAAGUCUCAUCCGUACUAUCCGUUUGUAUGAAGCUGCCAGGAGAGCAGAGAGAAGACGGCAAACAACCAGUUACAUGUUUACUCUCUACCUACAGCAUCACAUUGUAAUUCAUCAGUUUACCAAAUAAUGUGAAGACAAACAUAUGAAGACUAUGAAGAUUCAGUAUGAAUGAAAUUAACGUGACAAACCAAUAUUGUGACACUGAUAAGCUUUUUCAAUGUUCCGUGUGCUGAAAACUUUUACCUGUUUCCAAUAAAAUACUGUUUGUGUUCGAACACCA